AUGGCCUUUCUCGCGUGGCCUUUUCUCCACAUCGACCCCUCUCUCUACGUACAUGCAUCAGCCCUUGCAAGUUUUCUCUCUCGUACUCGUACUCGCGCACUCCACUCUCCUUAUUUAUCAGCAAGUUUCCCCUCCCGUACUCGUACCCGCGCACUCCACUCUCCUUAUUUACUAGUUCCGGUUCCUCUGAUCGCCUACCGUAUGUGUAAUCUGAAUCACAAUUGAGAUCUUUAUUCACAUC